CCCAGCAGUCCUAGGAACCCCUCCACCACCUCCACUACACAGCUCCUCUCACCACACUGCUCCUCUCACCACACUGCUCCUCUCACCACACUGCCCCUUCUCUAACACUCACAACACCUCUACAAGAAACAAGAGGCGAGGGACUCGUUGUAGGGCCCUCUCCACCGUCAACAAAACACACAGACACACACACACACACACGGUGGGGCAUCACUUACCAGUGAGCAACAAGUGACUUGCUCUCAACACAACACUGACAACACGGCCACAGGAGGGGUGCUGACACCACUACAAAGUGGCUACGAGGGUGAUGAGUGACACCCUCGUAAAGUGAGUUACUGACAACAGUGUGAGCAUCGUGUGGUGGGAAGACAAGAGAGACAUAAGAGGAAGCAGUGGAUUUACUCUUGCCGUAGAGAACGAACAGAAGAAAAUGGAAGAACUUGAUAAAUCGUGAGCAGAUACUAAGUGUUAAAAAAAAGUGAAUAAGAGAACCAAAAGGAAGGGAAUGGAAAAAAUGUAAUAGUGACGUGAAGAAAAUUGAUGAAGUGGUAGUGAAGAUGAAAAGAAGAAGGAAGAAGUGAAAAUAAUAGUGAAUACCAUGGGAGAAUAAGGAAUACUUGGGGCAGACCAGCCACUCCUCGACCGAUGGAGGGAACAGAGAGAGGGAGAGAGAAGAGAGAAGAGGCGAGUGUAGCGAGGAGAGUAGUAGGAGGAGGAGGAGACGUAGCAUCAGGGGAGAGGAAAUAAGAGAAACAAGAGUAGCAAAGAGAGCAAACAAGUCUGAUGUGAGACGCGAAAAUAGAAAUAGUGAAACAUGAAAGUGAAGAUGAAUGAAUAAAAUGAUAACGAGGAAACAGUCAAAUAAGAAAGGAAAAACGAAUAAGGAAAAUAUCAACGUUGAGAGUGAAUAUUAAGAAAUAAACAGGACAGAGACAAGAAAUAAAAAGGAAGAGGAAGAAAAUAUAACUAAACACGAAACAGAAAAAAUAACAAGUAGAGAAAAUAAAGAGAGGAGCAAAUAAAAUAUAAUGAAUAACCAACAAGGUGGAAAUGUAUGGCGUGGAGGGAGUGUCUUCAGCAGCGCCUCGGAACCGUCGUGGUCACCCGCCCUCCACGUGUUUUCCUCCAGUGGUCUGCAUCUUCCCCAACAUGACUUUAACCAACUUUCCCAGCCUGAAUCUCGUCAUGUUACCCAGCACGACCCCCGACACUUUCCCCAACCUGACGCAGGCCGUCCCCUUCUUCAACCUGAUCCUCGUCAUUUUCCCCACCAGGGGCACCUCCCCCAGCACCAGCAAACACAGGGGUCACGGCACUCACCUCACCCCCCAGCCUCUACAUCAUGGCACCAUGACCUAGCUCUUCAACAACCUGUCGGAGCAUUUGAAAUUCUGUGCAAGAAUGAAUUCUCGAGUCACAAAGUGGAACCCAUGUCUGGAGGAGCCUUCCCUACAGAGUGUAAGAAGGAGGACGGCACCGGACUGCCGGAGAAGGAGGGCGUGGGUCCUCUGGGAGACUCUUCACCUUUUGGUAAACUUCCUUUGGGCAUGAACAAGGCACGAAGUUUUCCAUCUCAGGGAGAGUACGGGAAGACUAGUUUCCCGAGUGUGUCUCGGGAGGGAGACACAGCAGAAAGAAGCACUUCACUAAGCUGUGAAGGAAAAAUCAAGAUGGAAGAUGAGUGGACGAGCGAGAGAGCGGCGGGGCCCAGCACGCAGUCAUCCAGCACUGCGCGACACGACUACAACGCCAAUGUGUCGCUCAUUCAUCAACAUAUUCAACAGUACCAACAUCCUUCACCAUUUCAUCCGAGUCUGUCAUCGUUCUCCCCGGUUGGUGGACAGCAGGUUUACCAGCAGGGAGCUGCAGGACAGCAGUACGGAACACAGCAUCCUGCACCACAGCACCACCAGCACUACCAGCACCCGCCUCCCCUCUCCUCAUGGGGAACACCAUACCAAGGACCUGAAGGAAGCUCAUAUGGUGGUGACCAACACUACAACAUCUACGCUCGCUCUGUGUAUAUACAGGGAGGUCCUGGUCCCCAGUAUUCAUACGCGGGGUUGACAGCGUCCUCUCCGGGGCCCUCCAGGCAUGUUACGGUGCCCCAAAGUGCCCUUCCCUCACCCAGUGCCCAAACCCCAGCCAUUACCGCCCCAAUAAAAGCUCGUCGUCGGCGACGAUGGACGCGACGCAAGGCGAUCAUCCACACGUGCUCUCAAGCGGGUUGUGCCAAGACGUACGCCAAGUCGUCUCACCUGAAGGCACAUAUGAGGACUCACACGGGGGAGAAGCCCUACACAUGCGACUGGAAGGGCUGUGGCUGGAAGUUCGCGCGCUCAGACGAGCUCACCCGUCACUACCGUAAACACACAGGUGAUAGACCUUUCCAGUGUCGACUCUGCGAGAGAGCUUUCUCUCGCUCAGAUCACCUCAGUCUUCACAUGAAGCGUCACAUGGCUCUCUGAGCCUCAUAUCUGAGUUACAUAACACAUAUGAAGGGUUACCUGGCUCACACUCCCUCUGAGACCGGUUGAAAAAAAAAUAACAUUGAUAAAAAAAAAUCCACGGUAUGGUUAGAGUUAGAACCCAUGUCAAGUGCGUCGUAAAACUCCAGGGCAGCGCGUAAGCCAUGGCUUCUAACCCCACCCGUACCGUGAUUUCUUUGGAAUAAAUGUUGUUACGAUUAUGUGAGUCAUAACAUUGGUUUCUGCAGCAAACAAGCAUAAGUGCCACGUGAUUUAGAAUGUCUCAUGGCCCUGAUGAAUACAUGACAGUUAAAUGACAGAGCUUUACAUGAAAAAAGGCUCUCACGGUCUCAUGUGAACAUCUGAAGCACAUAAAACAUCAUGUGACUUAUCAUGUGACAUGAAAUGUCACAUGGCUCUGCGGAGCUCACAGGAGGCAUCGCACUGGCAACCUAAGCUCAAAUGAAGCUUCAAACGGAUCUGUGAAGCUAAUACAAAGUGUCACACAGCCCUCAAAGAUCACGUGCAGCAUCACAUGGGAUCAGACUCACAUCAAGCGCCACAUUGCCCUCUGAGGUUAUACGGUUCAAAGUGUUACAUGAAGCAUCAUAUGACCCAGUGAGGUUUACACAAAGCGUCAAACAGCUCUUUGAGAGUCACAUUAAGUGUUUUAGAAGCUCUCAUUAAGCGUUGCAUGAAUCUAUGAGUCUUAAAUCAAGUGUCACGUGGUCUUCUGAAGCUGCCACAAAACUUCACAGGUUCCCUCGAGGUUCACAUGGCAAUCUAAGGUUCACGUUGAGCAUCAUAUAGCCAUUUAAGGUUCACAUAGCUCAAGUUCACAUGCAGCAUCACAUGGCCAUCUAAAGCUUAAAUGAAGCAUCACAUGGCCCACUAAGGUUCAAAUGACGUAUCACAUAGUCCUCUAAAGCUUACAUGAAACAUCAUAUGAUUCUCUAAGGCUCUCAUGAAACAUCACUUAGCCCUGUAAGGCUCACAUGAAGCAUCACAUGGCCAUCUAAGAUUUACAUAAAGCAUCAAUAUAGCCCUUUGAGACUCUCAUAGCCCUCUGGGACUCGUAGCCCUCUUGUGAAUUACAUAGCCCUCUUGAGAAUCACGUGGCCCUCUUGAGAAUCACAUAGCUCUCUUGAGAAUCACAUGGUUCUCUUGAGAAUCACAUGACCCUCUUGUGAAUCACAUAGCCAUCUUGUGAAUCUUAUAGCCCUCUUCAGAAUCACAUAGCCCUCUUGAAAAUCACAUAGCCCUCUUAUGAAUCAUAUAGCUCUCUUGUGAAUCACAGAGCCCUCCUGUGAACCGUACAGCUCUCUUGAUAAUCACAUAGUCCUUUUUAGAAUCACAAGGCCCUCUGAGACUCACAUGAAACAUCACAUGGCCCGCUGAGACUCACAUGACACAUCACAUGGCCCCCCGAGGCUGAAAUAGGCCUUAUAGUCCCGUCAUUGUUGUUACAUGUGUACCUGUGUACCUUUUUAUAUUUUAUGUGCAUUUGUACAGCUGUUUCUUUAUACUGUAUGUGUGUACAGUAUAGCUGUGUACAUGUGUACAUGUAUACCUGUAUACGUGUGUACACAUAAUGCUGUUUAUGUGUAUACAUGCAUAGCUGUGUACGUAUGUACUCGUAUAGCUGUGUACAUGUGCACAUAGCUGUAAACGUAUGUACAUGUAGAUGUGUGUAUGUAUUUACGCAUAGAUGUGUACAUGUUUCCACGAAUAGCCGUGUACGUGUGAGGUCACUUAUAGCUGUGAGUAAACGUGUGUACACACAGUUGUGUAGCUGUGUACGUGUGAGUGAACAUACGCACAUGCAUAGCUGUGCACAUGUAUACACAUAGCUGAGUUACUGAGUACAUGUGUACACGCACAGCCGUAUAAAUAUGUACUUGUGCACAAUAAUAGCUAUGGAACUAUGUACGUGUGCACACGUAUGUACGUAUGUAGCUGUGUACGCUUGCAGCUGAGUAACUAUGUACGUAUGUGCAUGUUUAGCUGUGUACGUGUGUAUACGUAAAACUGUGCUUGUAUUCACGCAUAUCUGUUUAACUGCAUGUGUUUACACGUACAGAUGUGUAACUGUGUACGUGUGUAUACAUGUAGCUGUGUGCGAUGCUUGUGUGUACACGUUUAGCUCUGUACUGUGUGCGUAUAUGCACAUAUAGCUGUGUACCUGUAUAAGUGUAUAACAAGUACAGCUCUUAAAGUGUGCACACGUACAGCUGUACAACUGUGUACGUCUGUGUAUGUAGAUAUGUGAACGUCUGUUAUGCGAGUUAUAACAUUAUUAUCAAUUAAAAAUUAUAAUUAUUAUUAAUAUUGAUAUUAUUAUUAAAAAAUAUUAUAAUUGUUAUUAAUAUUGAUAUU